GAAUUUGGGUACUUGUUAUAUUACUUCGGAUGAUAUGAAAUGUUGACACGCACGCUUUGGUUCUAUUUUAAUGCUUGCGUAUAGCCUAGCAACGAGAUAACCCCCCAAUCUGAACUUAUCUAUCUUCAUUGAGAUAAGAUAACGUUUUUUAUUUUGAGAUCUGGACCUUAGAUUCGCGCUCUUCUUUUUCAGACUUAAUUCUCGCAAGAAAAUAGUGAUUCAGCUAUGGUCGCUAGCAGUUUGUUGCACAUCCAAUCUUCGUUACCGUUACGGGGCUGCGCCAUCAGCUCAGAGAAGGGUAAAAUGUUCGAAUGAGGGGACGGAAAAUGUUGGAAAUUGAGGAAAUUAAUGUAGAUCCGUGUGCUUUGUACUGAAGAAGAUUUAUUCUCGUUUUUCUUGAUGAAAGACAAGUUGGAGCGUGAUUUUAAGCGGGACAGAUCAGGGAAACAUGCCAAGACACUGGACAAACGGAUGGACAUGAUGGAAAAGGUGGACCGACCACCGGAGAUUCGGACAUUCACUAUUCCGCUGGACGCUAAAAUCGGCAGCGGAAAUUUCAAAGACCACGACAUAGUUCUGGAGCACGGUGUGUGUGGCUACAUGCAGCCUGUAGGCACAGACUCACCCGCCGAUGCGAAUUCGGGAGGGAAUGUACUGGUCCGUGAACUGGACCUGGGGAUAUCAUUUGGGGAGCGUAUUGUCCUUUUAGGCGGGAAUGGAAUGGGAAAAAGUACUUCAUUUAAAACCAUUACAGGUACCAUUCCGCCGCUGGAAGGACGUGUGAAGAUCGGAGAAGGUGUCGUUUCUUGUGGGGAUUACUCACUGAGGGAAACGCUCAGACUUUUCAUUUCUAUAAUUUUGAAGUGUUCAUUGUGCACUGUGAUAUCUUACUGAUUUCCUUUCGUCUCUAUCGCUGGUCAUUUCCGUAUCCCAAUUCCCGAAAUCAUUCUUUACAGCGUAACUUAUAGUUUCCGCGCCAGAUGAAUGGAAGUGCGUCCCGGCUCGAUUCUCGUGAAUAGUGGUAGAAAUGAAAUUUAAACUUUGUAUACGCUCUUGAUUCCAAUUUCUAUUUAUGUCGUCCUUUUCUUACUUCUUUCAAUUCUUUUUUACCUAUUCUGGAGUGGUUGUGGGGAAUCUGAUGCAAGAGCACGAGCGAUAUGUGCGCUGCGGAUUACUUGUCUAGUCAAGUAGGGGACAUGCCACAGGUAACGGCUGUUGGUAGGCUCAUCAGCUUCGGCUUUCAUAGGGCUCAGGCGCUCAGACCUAUCCACACACUCAAUCCUGGCGCAAGAGUCCGAUGUUUACUUUUUGAUUCUUGACGAACCAGCGAAUCAUUUGGAUAUCGAGGCAAUUGAAGCGCUGGAGAUAUCGUUGGCUACAUACAAGGGAACUGUGCUCAUUAUUACACAUCACAUGAUCUACAUUUUAUCACAAACGUCCCGCCUGAUAAAAUGCUGUUGCUGGAGAAUGAUGACCUUACAUCCAUAUCGGACCUUGAAGCAUACAUAGAGGAAAGCAACGAUAGGGCGAAUCGACUUGUCGUGUUUAUUAGAUUACUGAACAACUUAAGUAUUAGUAGAUAUUUCUUUUAAAAAUAGUCUCCAUAUUUAAUAUUUCUUCAUAUUAAAGACAUGUCCU